AUGGACAGCACCAACCACUCAGAGGCUUGGAAUAAUAUUUAUUUGAUCCUGGCAGCAGUUAAAUGCUUUCUCAUACAGACGAUGGCAUGUAGUUACUACUGCUAUCGUCGACAUUUGGAGAGAAUCUCAGCUCUCCUACCUCAUAUUCGGCUCAUCUCUGAUCUUACCCGAUUUGAUCCUUUCAUGAUUGAGUCCGAGGCCACAGUGAUGAACGAACUAGAAACUGUCAUUCAAGUUCCACGUGUCUCUGAAAUAGGGGCUGUUGGUUACAAGUACUCCAAGUUCUUCCGGCGUCUCACCAGAGGCUUUGGAGGUCACUUACUGGCAUUGUUUUAUAUCGUUAAUUUCUUUACAUAUAUAAAACCUUGGAAUAGUAUUUAUUUGAUCCUGGCAGCAGUUAAAUGCUUUCUCAUACAGACGAUGGCAUGUAGUUACUACUGCUAUCGUCGACAUUUGGAGAGAAUCUCAGCUCUCCUACCUCAUAUUCGGCUCAUCUCUGAUCUUACCCGAUUUGAUCCUUUCAUGAUUGAGUCCGAGGCCACAGUGAUGAACGAACUAGAAACUGUCAUUCAAGUUCCACGUGUCUCUGAAAUAGGGGCUGUUGGUUACAAGUACUCCAAGUUCUUCCGGCGUCUCACCAGAGGCUUUGGAGGUCACUUACUGGCAUUGUUUUAUAUCGUUAAUUUCUUUACAUAUAUAUAA